CUCCCACCAGCCACCACUGACACAUACACAUAUAUAUACACACACAAUAAUGACUUCCCAAUAUGAGUUUGUGAGAGAGCAAGACUGAAUAGCGGAAGUUUCUCGCUUUCUUUCCAAUCUCGUUCUAACCAAACACUUCUCUCCAGCAAGCAUUCCACCCAGUGAUCAAAGAGGAGAGAGAACUCAAAGUAGAGUAAGAUGCUGAGUGCGUCCACUCCGACCCAGAUGCCCCCCAGCGGAGAGGACAGUUCUGGUUCUGACAGGGGGUCAGAGGUCCGUGUUCCAACUCCAGCCACAGAGACAGACCGCUUCGGCUUCAUCCUGGUGAAUGGAUCCACUGCCGGGAGUGAAGGCCCGCCUCCUGAGCUCGUUAGACAGAGAGAGACGAAGUGGAUCAACAUCAUCAGCCAAUGGGAUCGUGUCUUACUAAAGAAGUCCAGCAAGGUCAAAGAGCAGUGUCAGAAAGGCAUCCCAGCAUCCCUCAGGGCUAAAUGUUGGCCACUGCUGUGUGGUGCCACAGACAGAAUGCACCGCAACAAGGACCUCUACCAGACUCUGGACUCCAGGCCUGCCCUACAGAGCUGUGUGGACAUUAUCGAGAGAGACUUAGACCGCCAGUUCCCCUUCCAUGAGAUGUUCCUCUCCAGAGAUGGCCAUGGGCAGCGUGGUCUGUUCCGGGUGCUGAAGGCCUUUACUCAGCUGAAGCCUGACGAGGGCUACUGUCAGGCCCAGGGACCUGUAGCAGCUGUACUGCUGAUGAACAUGCCUACUGAGGAGGCAUUCUGGUGCCUGGUACAGAUUAGUGAACAGUACCUCCCUGACUACUACAGCCCUCUUCUGGAGGGGGUUCUCUUUGACGCGGCCAUGCUGACCUGGGUGCUGAAAAAGACGUGUCCCGCAACUCACAAGCAUCUGCAGAGACACGGCGUGGAGCCUCUGAUGUUCGCCACCGAUUGGCUGAUGUGCCUGUUCACACGUCACCUGCCAUUCAACACCCUCCUCCGAGUCUGGGACCUGUUCUUCUGCUACGGAGUGCGUGUGUUGUUCCAGGUGGCGGUUGUGUUGGUGCGCAGGGCUCUGGGCCGGGUGGAGCAGAGGGAGGAGUGUGAGGGCCAGAUGGAGACUCUGGAGAGGCUGAGGGGUGUGAGGGAGCAGGUGCAGCAGGAGGACGAUACCUUCAUCGGAGAGGUGUGUUCUGUCCCUCUUUCGGGUAAGGAUCUGGAGAGGCAGACGGAGAAAGAGCUGGAGAAGUGGAGGAAGGAACGGCCUGCCUCCACAUUUGAUCCCCGGGGUCGUUGCCACGGAUAUCGGAUGGUGUGGGCAAGGGCUCGAGAGAGGGAGGAAGAGAGGAACAGGAAGGAGAGGGCGAAAGGGAACCUGUCCAUCCCACCGAUUCGCUCACCCUCCCUCCUCUCUCUCUCUCCCUCGCUCCUCCGCAAAAGGUGGAAGAGAGGGAGCAAAACAGACACAGGGGAGUGGGAGGGGGUAGGCAGAGAGGUGAGGAAGGUUUCAAAGGAGGUGUGGGAGGAGAGAAGCGAGGGAGGGGAUCUGAGGAGAGGAAGUGAAAAGGAUGGUAUUCCAGUGAGGGCUCAGGGUGUUCCACCUCCUGCUACAGAGGACAGGGAACCAGUGGAACUGAGAGAACCGUUAGAACACAAAGAACCAUCAGAACAGGACAGAACCCAAAAGACCCAGAUGACCCCAGAUUCAGUCGGAGUAGCGUCCCAGCAACGUGAGCUCACCUCUGACCCUUGCGUCACCUCACAGGGCCAGGAGGAGCAGGGUGGUUUCAGCGAGACACAGGCCUCUGAGCAGCACGGCGACAGCCAGUCACAGGAAACUAACCACAGUAAAGGCUCCAUGGAAACACAGGAAGUACUGAGCAAACAGUCAACAGAGAGUGCACGUAUCAUCACAGAGAGUGCACGUAUCAUCACAGAGCACAUAGUGACAGAGACAAAGGGGGAGGCAGAGGAACGCAAGGAGACAGAGACACAUGCAGAAGCCAAGACAGAGGAGGAAACAGUGACAGAGAUCCAGAUUCACACAGAAGCCAAGACAGAGGAAGAAAUGGAGGCUGAGGUACAGAAAGGACAACACACAGAUACAAGUGUAGAAACAGAGACAGAUGUGGGGUCAAAAACAGAGACUCAAACAGAUGUUAAUGCAGACACUGAGACAGACACUGAGACCGACACGCAACAAGAGGCAGAUAGAAACUUAGAGGCAGAAACAGACAUUGGGUCACUGAGAGAGAGAGACAAAGAGACGAACACAGAGACUGAUACCAACAAGGAGAUAGAGGCACGUACAGAGACACAGUCACACAAAGGGACAGCAAUGGAGACACACACUGACAAGACAUCUGAGGCAGAGAGACAAACAGAGGUAGAAACUGAGGUAGAGGCACAUACAGAAACAGAGACACCGGGAGAAAAUGAGUCAGCGAUGCACAUAGAGUCAGACACAAGAGUAGAGGCAGACUUGGGGUCACAGAUGGAGGCUGAUACACACAUAGAGACAGGGAAAGAGUCAGAGAUAGAGGUAGGGACAGAGACAGGGACAGAUGCGCGCACAAAGGAAACCACUGACACAGGGAUAGAGGAAGUCACUGACACAGGGAUAGAGGAAGCCAAUGACACAAACACAGGGACAGAGGAAGCCAAUGACACAAACACAGGGACAGAGGAAGCCAAGGACACAAACACAGGGACAGAGGAAGCCAAGGACACAAACACAGGGACAGAGGAAGCCAAUGACACAAACACAGGGACAGAGGAAGCCACUUACACAAACACAGGGAUAGAGGAAGCCACUCACACAAACACAGGGACAGAGGAAGCCACUGACACAAACACAGGGACAGAGGAAGCCACUGACACAAACACAGGGACAGAGGAAGCCACUGAUACAAACACAGGGACAGAGGAAGCCACUGACACAAACACAGGGACAGAGGAAGCCACUGACACAAACACAGGGACAGAGGAAGCCAAUGACACAAACACAGGGACAGAGGAAGCCAAUGACACAAACACAGGGACAGAGGAAGCCAAUGACACAAACACAGUGACAGAGGAAGCCAAUGACACAAACACAGGGAUAGAGGAAGCCACUGACACAGGGAUAGAGGAAGCCACUGACACAAGCACAGGGAUAGAGGAAGCCACUGACACAAGCACAGGGAUAGAGGAAGCCACUGCCACAGGGAUAGAGGAAGCCACUGACACAAGCACAGGGAUAGAGGAAGCCACUGAAACAGGGAUAGAGGAAGCCACUGGCACAGGUAUAGAGGAAGUCACUGGCCCAAACACAGGGAUAGAAGAAACCACUGACACAAACACAGGGAUAGAGGAAGCCACUGACACAAGCACAGGGAUAGAGGCAGUCAUAGCGUCCCCAAAUGAAAUUCGGACACACACAGAGACAGCAUCAAAGACAGAGGUACAAUACACAGAGCCCUCUAGAAUAACACCAGCCAAUCAGAGCCAGGUUUCUCCAGAGUUGACCUCAGGCCAAGACCAAACAGGCCAAGACCAGAAGAUUCCUGAAAAACUCCAGGGUCCAGUCACCAUCCAUCCAGAGAAGAAUCAGGAGACCCAGAACGUCAGAGAGAGUGAAGGAGAGAAAGAAGAGAAAGCAUUAGCAUUUCCCUCACAGGAAGCCUCAACUGACAUCCUUCCACCAUCGCAUCAGGGGGAAUCACUGAAAGCUGAUCUCACUCUCAUACCUGGCAAACCAAAGUCCCAAAGUAAGAGUGAAAAGAGUGAGUCUCCACCUCCUGCAGACUCAAAGGCUGGAUCUGGCAACCCAGUAUCCACACACGCGGACGUCUCCUCCCAAAGGACUCAGGCCCGUGAUGGACCUUUGGCAAUCACUUCCGAAGACUUCCGGCUCUGCAAGUCCUCCAGCUCACGGAAGCUCACUCGGAGGCUCUCUGAGGAUCUCUUCACCGACCCCAACCAAUCACAAGCCACCUUCACACACUCUAACCAAUCAAAUGCAGGCCUCAUUCAGUUCGACCAACCACAACCUAACACCACAGCUCCAAUCCAGGUACCAAAACACCCAGAAUCACCACGGCAUAUCACAGGGAGCAUCCCAGGCACUGUCCCACCUCAGACUGUGUCCAAACCAGGCAGAGGACCAACCGACACCCACAGGCGAUUUGGUCUCUUCCGCAGGCUCAAAGGGGAGCAGCCCAAACAGGACAGGGAGAAAGGGGAACCUAAAGUCCCUGUCCCCAAAAUCCUGAUCCAGGACUUUAGUGACGGGACAGGUGAGGGGCGCACGGUCAGGGGGGAGGAAGAGGAGGAGCUGAGCUCCAGAGAGAGGAGGAGGAGACGGAGGGAGCAGGAGAGGAGGGAGAAAGAGGAGGAGAAGUUACGGAAGAAGAGGGAGAAGGAGAUGGAAAAAGAGGAGAAAGAGAGAAAGAGGGAGAGGAGGAAGCCUCAGACGAGAGGGAAGAGUUUUCAGGUGCAACACAGCAAUGUCCCCCUCCCCGGAAACAGCGGCUCACAGACAUUUGGUUCCAAAAGAAACUCUACUCCGUCUAUGGAGACAUACUUUUAACAAGCAAGGAAAUCUAAUCUAAAAAUAUUUUACAAACCACAAAAAUGACCCAUAAAACAUUUCCUUCAAUUGUAGACUUUUCUGGAAUGUAAAUAAAACAAUUAUUUUUUCUA